ACUUCAUAUCGAGCACUCAUAGUUCGCGGUGGACUUAAAGCUGGUGAAACUGUCCUAAUCACAGGCAGUGGCGGGGGUUGUGGUCUAUUCCUGAUCCAAUUUGCCAAGGCAUUUGGUGCCAAAGUAUUUUUCACGACUGGUCAGAAAUCUAAGCUUGACUUUUUAGAAAACAAAUUUAACAUCAAAGGUGUACUUUAUACUGAAUUAAAUUGGUCCGAUAAGUUGAAACAAAUCGUACCUGAGGUACAUGAUGGAUUGUUUGAUUUGAUUGUUGAUUCAUCUGGCGGAAAAUUUGUCUCUACUUAUAUGGAUUUACUAAGGCCCUCUGGUCGAUACACACUUGGACCACCCACAGUCGAACUAUUACAAAAAUGGAGUUCAAUUUAUUCGAAAAGCCUUACUAUUCUGGGUUCUGAUCUUGACAGUUUUACCGAAUUUAAAUCUAUGAUAAAUUUUAUUGUUAAUUACAAAAUUGUUCCCUUAGUUGAUUCUAUUGUGCCGUUCGAUCAAAUUAUGGAUCAAUUUAUUAAAAUGGAAAAGCGAGAGCAAAUUGGCAA